AGAUUGAUAAGGUCUCUCUGUCUUGUGUAAAAAAGCAGGAGUGUGAAGAAGCAACUCUCUGUUUUCUCUAACAAUGGCUUCUUGUGUUGUGACGACGACAAGCAGUUUCUGUACUCUUUCAGAUUCUUCUAGUAUUCGUUUGAAGUCCUCCAAGCUUGUCCCUCUGUUAAAGAGUAAUCAGCAGAGAAGACGUUCUCUUCGGUCAGGAGGUGGUUUAAAGGUUGAAGCUUACUAUGGUCUGAAGACCCCUCCUUAUCCUCUUGAUGCUUUGGAACCGUAUAUGAGUCAGAGAACACUAGAAUUGCAUUGGGGUAAACACCACCGAGGCUAUGUGGACAAUCUUAAUAAACAGUUAGGGAAAGACGAUAGACUCUAUGGAUACACCAUGGAAGAGCUUAUCAAGGCCACAUACAACAACGGCAAUCCUUUACCUGAGUUCAACAACGCUGCGCAGGUCUAUAACCAUGAUUUCUUCUGGGAGUCGAUGCAACCUGGUGGUGGAGACAUGCCUCAAAAGGGUGUUCUUGAGCAGAUUGAGAAAGAUUUUGGGUCGUUUACGAAUUUCAGAGAGAAGUUCACUAACGCAGCUCUUACUCAGUUUGGUUCUGGCUGGGUCUGGCUUGUUUUGAAGAGGGAAGAGAGAAGACUUGAAGUGGUUAAAACCUCAAACGCCAUUAACCCACUAGUGUGGGACGAUAUUCCAAUCAUCUGCUUGGAUGUGUGGGAGCACUCUUAUUAUCUGGACUACAAGAACGAGAGGGCUAGGUACAUAAACACGUUUCUGAACCAUUUGGUGUCGUGGAACGCUGCAAUGAGUAGGAUGGCCCGUGCUGAGGCGUUUGUGAACCUUGGUGAACCCAACAUCCCAGUUGCCUAAGCUAAUAAAAGAAGAACUCUUUCUCGAGAGUCCAUGUGAAAGCGUAUCCUUGACAGUUUGAGCAGUCUCAUUUUUGCAACAGGGGUCCCAAACAAGAAACAGUUGCUGCUUCCUCCAUCAUGUGACCCAUCUUUUUGUCAUGUGUAGUUGAGAGGUCUAAUAUGAGUCAUAUGACAUAGACUUGUUUGUUUGUUAUAUACCAAAACGAUUUUGCUAGUGUUAAAACUUAAAAUUGCUACACAA